AAUGUUCUUCCAGGAAGAGAUUCUAGUGAGCCUCCUUGCUGCCGGUGCUGAUCCCAACCUGCCUCAACCUGAUCCUGUCUCCCUGCCCUUAUUGUGUGCAUUGGAGAGGCGUUGGUGGCGGGGCGCUGAACUACUGCUGGAUGCCGGGGCAGAUGCCAAGGCCAUGGAUUUAGAGCACGACCAGCAGCCAGCCACAUUCUUAGCUAGGGACAAUGUUGAAAUUCUCAUAAAACUUCUAAAAGAAGGCUGUGCUCACGAUGAGAUCUGCUCAUGGAUUGUUGAUGGAAUUUUCAACAAAACCGAAGUGAAGAAGCUGGUAGAGGCAGCACACAAGUUCGGACCAGGGUUUGUCACAGAAAGUCUGCUGUUCGAGAUUUUGUAUAUAGGGGACCAUGACAGCGCAAUUUACCUGCUGGAUAAUUUCAAACUGCCUGAACUCCUACCUAAAUUCAUCGAUGGCACUAGUUGGUGGCUAACACUUAUUGACUGGAAUCCUAAAAUGAAGUACAUAACUGCCUUGACGGAGAACAUCUUCCGGAACGAAAAGGACAAGAGUAAACUGUUGGUCCACCUUUUCAUGGAAUGUUUCAUAUACUGCCCCGUGAACAAUGUAUGGAAAAGGUGUAAUGAUCAGUGCAAUUGGAUCAGACCCCCAAAAACUCAAAGUCUAUUAGAAACGCAACUGGAAUCACUGAAGCUUAUCAUUACUAUAGCGGAGAACAAUGGCCUGCCUAUUGAAAGGUGGAUCUUACCGAAGCACAAGUACUACAGCCUAUUUGAGGAAUUAUUAGAGGAGGAGCAUUCCCAGAGCAGCCUUAACAUGCUCAAUGCCAUGUUACACACGACACAAAUAUGCGGCUUUCCCAUCGUUUUGAAGUUGCUGCCAUUAUUCAGAAAUAAAGGUUUUCUACCCACGGUAUCAUCUUUAGUGGCAUUCGUUACAAAUGGUCACAUUGUAAGACUCUUCAAGAGAAUCAUGUCUGGUACCUCCGAUGCUAUUCUGCACGCGCCGGAGUCUGGAUACAGAAUACUACUCUCCGAACUGACGAAGAACUGCUGCCGUGACGGCCAGUGCUGGUUCAGGUCGUCCAUGCUGACUGGUCUUUGCAGGGACUUUGUGGCGUCCUGUCGAGAAGCUACUGUUACAUCGCUACUGCUGCUUCACUUGGGCGUGCACUUCACUGAGUACGAGGAGGUGGAGGUGAAUUGCAGCUCUGAAGACCCUUCCAGGCUCUCUGCUUUGUCUGUGUUUCAUCGCUACGCCCCCCGAUGUCGCCUGGUGGUGACGCGACCUUCAUUUUAUCCACCGCCAGAUGCGAUGCGGUCGCUGAAGGAGCUGUGCCGCCUGUCCAUCCGCGCUGCCCUCGGCCACUGCAGGAUUGAGGAGAAGACGGAAGGCUUGCGAGGCGUCUUGCCCCGCUCUCUCAGGGAAUACCUUUACUUUCGCCACGACUUCUUAAUUUUCCCUGCGCCCGCCAAUGAAAGGAAAGUUUGACGCAUCCUCUGACACAAGCGAUCUGUUAAGGUUCACCUCAGCACGAGUUUCCUGCUGUUAAUUAAUGAUUGUUAUUAUUCUUAGGUACUGUAAUGUUAACAAGGAUCACGAGUCUCUGAAUUAUUCGGUUGUAUAAGAAAUAAUUAUUCCAGUAAUUUGAAGAAAACGUUUUAAUCUUGGAUCUGAGGGUCAAUUUCUUGUAUUUAACGAGAAAUUCUUUAACCGUUUGUCUUGACCCAAGAUGGAUCACGUCAGGCCUGCAUCUAUUUAAAGCAGGUGACAGGAGCUGCUGUUGACCUGUCACUGUUGCCUUGUUGUCUAGUCAUGGAUCCGAAAUGAAAUCUACCGUGUACCGUGCCCUGUCGAUCGUUUUUAGAUGUCAUUAUUAAAGUAUGUAUGAAAUAAAGGGAAUAUUUUUAACUCUGCCUACAGGGUUCUAGUUUUUUAACCAGCCUUCAUACGCUUAUAUGAUAGUUGUGACUUAUGACUCGCUUCCAAGUAACCAAAUGCAGAAAUACUCCUCCAGUGAGGCGCUUUGCUUUAACACUGUGAUGAUGUGACUGAAAAUUUCAUUUCUGCAGGUAUUGUGUCGCUGUCAUAACUAUUGAAUAAUUACUAAAUAAAGUUUAAUUCUGAUUGUC